CUGAUCUGGAAAGAAGCAAAGUCCGAAAGGGACUCCCAGUCCUUAUCCUUUUCCCAAACAAGUGCAAAUUCUUCCUUGAUUUGCUCACCUUUUCCCUUUUCCGUAUAAUAACACUCCUUCCCUCGUGAAAUCCUCUCUCUCUCUCUCUCUCUCUCUCUCUCUGUAUUUCCCGCCUUAGACAAUGGCGUCCGAGAAACAGCAAUCCAUCCUUGUCACCGGUGGGGCCGGUUUCAUUGGUACCCACACCGUCCUCCAACUCCUCAACGAGGGUUUCAAGGUCUCCAUUAUCGAUAAUCUCGAUAAUUCCGUUGAGGAAGCCGUCGAUCGCGUCAGGGAUUUAGCCGGCCGUGAUGGAUCCCGGAAUCUUAUCUUUCACGUGGGUGAUCUUCGGAAUAAGGACGAUUUGGAAAAGGUUUUCUCCCAAACAAGAUUCGAUGCUGUAAUCCAUUUUGCUGGCCUGAAGGCUGUUGGGGAGAGCGUUGCAAAGCCAUUACGUUACUAUGACAACAAUUUGAUUGGCACCUUGAAUCUGAUUGAGUUCAUGUUGAACUAUGGCUGUAAAAAGCUGGUGUUCUCUUCAUCUGCAACUGUUUAUGGUCAACCUGAAAAAAUCCCAUGUGUUGAGGACUUUGAGUUGAAGGCAAUGAACCCAUAUGGGCGGACAAAGCUUUUCCUUGAAGAGAUUGCACGUGAUGUUCAAAAAGCAGAUCCAGAAUGGAGAAUUAUACUACUCAGAUACUUCAACCCUGUUGGAGCCCACAUCAGUGGUCAAAUUGGUGAAGAUCCAAAGGGUAUUCCAAAUAAUCUCAUGCCUUAUAUCCAGCAAGUGGCCGUUGGCAGAUUGCCUGAGUUGAAUAUUUUUGGUCAUGAUUAUCCAACAAAGGAUGGUAGUGCGAUUCGAGACUACAUCCAUGUUAUGGACCUAGCUGAUGGCCAUAUAGCUGCUCUUCGGAAGAUAUUCACAGCGGAUGAUAUAGGUUGUACUGCCUACAAUUUGGGCACUGGAUGUGGCACAUCUGUGUUUGAAAUGGUCGCUGCAUUUGAGAAGGCUUCAGGAAAAAAAAUACCUAUCAAAUUAUGCCCAAGGAGGCCAGGAGACGCCACAGCCGUUUAUGCUUCUACUGAGAAGGCCGAAAAGGAACUUGGUUGGAAGGCAAGAUAUGGCGUAGAGGAGAUGUGCAGAGACCAAUGGAAUUGGGCAAGCAAAAACCCUUGGGGGUACCAUUCCCAACCUUGAACCGAAUUUAUGGUAAAUGCAUAGAAUAGAAAUUCAUGGGCAUCUAUUGAACUCUUAUCUUAUGGAACUUAUAAUUAUCUUUUAAAUGGAAAAUAAAGCUUUUUGAGUUUUUUA